AAAGAUUUAAUUGAAAGAAAUGGAUGCUAAAGGAUUACAAGGAGAAGAUAAACUGAAGAUGCUCAUAAUUUUACUGGCAUAUUUGCUAAGUAGGGUAAUUUGUGAGACUGGAGAUUGCAGAGAGCAAGAAUUUAGGGACCACACUGGAAACUGUAUCCUCUGCAAACAGUGUGGACCUGGAAUGGAACUCUCAAAGGAAUGCGGCUUUGGAUUUGGGGAGGAUGCACAGUGCAUGACAUGCAGGCCAAACAGAUUCAAGGAAGACUGGGGCUUUCAGAAGUGCAAGCCUUGUCUGGACUGUGCAUUAGUUAACAGGUUCCAGAAGGCCAACUGUUCUGCCACCACCAAUGCCCUGUGUGGAGACUGCUUACCCGGAUUUUAUAGGAAGACUAAGCUUGGAGGCUUUCAAGACAUGGAGUGUGUUCCUUGUGGUGAUCCUCCUCCUCCCUAUGAGCCUCACUGUACCACCAGAGUAAACCUUGUGAAGAUCCCCUCAACUGCCUCCAGUCCUCGAGACACAGCUCUAGCAGCUGUCAUAUGCAGUGCCCUGGCAACAGUGCUCUUGGCUCUUCUUAUUCUUUGUGUUAUCUAUUGUAAGAGGCAGUUUAUGGAGAAGAAACCAACCUGGUCUCUGAGAUCACAAGACAUUCACUACAAUGGCUCUGAAUUGUCAUGUUUUGAUAGACCACAGCUAAAUGAAUAUGACCACAGAACUUGUUGCCAGUGCCAGAGAAGCACAACCCGGACGUGUGGACCAGUUCACUUGAUUCCAUCACUGUGCUGUGAUGAAACCUGUAGCAUGGAGCAUAGCAGUCACAGUUGUGCUUUCCACUCACAGACUACACUUAAUGAAAGGGCUUCUGAUUCUGUUGGAGAAAUGAUUCCUGCUUUCCUUGGUUCUCUUUCACACUCUGCCUGUGGAGACAUUUCAGAUGCUUGGCCUCUUAUGCAAAACUCAGCUUGUUGUGACAGCAUUUCUUUCUGUGAAUCAUACUCAGAACUGGCUGGAGGGUCUGAAAAAUCCUGCAGUCCUGAGACUGAAAAUGCAGCCAAUAUUGAGUCGGAUAAUAACCAGGAUCUAAAUGAAAUACUUAUUUCAGCUAAGUCUCUUGAGGAAAACUUUGCAAAGUCAUUUGAAAUCUCCAAGCAUAGAACAUGCAUAGAAGUUUCAUCACUUCAGAACUCAGCAGCUGCUGAAACCUGGCCAAAGACAAUGAGUAAUGGAACAGCAAAUGACUCUACAGACUGAUAAAGAGGUAA